CAACGUUGCUUGGUGUGAGGCGCCAAAUUGCCACAUGCCUAGAGCUUGGACGACCUAAUCUUCAGUUUCCUGUCUGACCUGCUCGCUGUUUCUUCUCGUGCUCGUGUUCUUUCUGCGUCAGAACACGAUGCGGUUCUACUAGGAAUGUCGGAGCAAUCUUUGGUGUAUCCUGUUGAAUCACGACUUGACCCAUGUGCUAUUUGUCUGGGCAAGUGUGAAAACCAAUCAUUUCCUAAAAGCUGCCUCCACGGAUUCUGUUUCAGCUGCCUUCUCCAGUGGUCAAAAGUGAAACCCGAGUGCCCACUAUGUGUGAAACCAUUCAGCUCAGUCAUCCAUAAUAUAAAAUCCAACAAUGAGUAUGACGAAUUUAAUAUUGACUUGGUGGGGCAAGAAGAAAUUCUAAGCAGUGAACUCAGCGAAUCUGCUGAUGAUGAUGAUUCCAUCAAUACCGCUAGUAGUGAUUCCAGCUGGUAUACCAUUGGCAGUGACGAUGAGUCCAACAGUGAUGAUGAGUCUAGCAGUGAUGAAUCCAGCUCUGAAAGUGAUCUUUUCGGAUUGGAUGAUAUCUUUUCCUGGGAGCCCGUCUUGAGCGAGCAGGUUCAGCAAAGACUCGAUGCUUCUCUGUUGUCCCGCCAUUCAGACUUGGCUCCGAGCGCAAACAGAAGUGGUCUAGAUUCACUGGUAAUCGACGAAGAACCAAACAUCGAUGAUCUAAUAGAACUUUCCGUCAUCGAGUUACCCUUCUUCUGUGAACUCCUUUACCGUUGGCUGCAAGGUGCUCCGUCGUCCGAUGAAGACAAUGGAAUCAAGGACACAGAAAAGGCCCUUCGAUGCAUCAGAAAAGGCAAGAGCCCUUCAUGUGAAUGAAUGACGGUACAUUUUGAUGACAA